AUGACUAAACCCUCUCGCUGUAAUCUCAGCAUUGAUGACGAGGACGAUUGCUGUGUAAUUGACGAUGACGCCAGUUAUCCUAAAUUUUGUAAGAGAAAACGUAAACUCGAAAGAUCUGUCGUACGAGUAAAUCCAUUCAUCUUUAACUGGUCGAAAAACCGACAUUGUGAGAAAGAACAUUCAAAACCGUUAACACAACCGCUUGUAUCAGAUACUGUCAAUAAAGUGAUACUAGAUCCAAAUCAAUACAUUAUUGAACCAGAAACAACCACAGUACCGACACUAAACAAUUAUGAAGCGUUUGAUUGGACUAAACAACUUGGCAGCGAUAAUGAUCAAUUAAAAAUAAGAAAACGAAAUCAAACACAACUACCAUCAAGAAAUUAUUCAUUGUCACCAAGAAAAAUCAGUAAUAAAACAUCGCAUGAAAUAACCCGUCCAUCAAUACAUCUAACAUCCACCAAUGUCUCUCUAACUGAUAAUGGCAAUGGAGCAAAUACAGUACAACUACUUGCGCAACGUUCGGAAAAUAAUAUCGACCAUCAGUCUAGUAUGAAACGAAAUCAUGAUCAACUUUCGUCAGAUACACCGUUGCAAACAAAAAAAGUGGACAAACCAUCGACAGGUUCAAAAUUCUGUGAUCGUCAUCAAUCACAAGAACACAAUGAAUUGAAAAUAAACCUUAAAAAUUAUUAUCAACAUUGUUAUACUGAACAUGCUCAAACAACACUGUCAUUAGACAAUACAGAAAAGAAUACAUCGACCACAUAUGAUUUUGAUUUGAUAAAUCCAAUAAAGUUCGGUCAUUUAUAUGUAACACGUUGUGACGAUGGAACGUUUGCUCUAUGUGUGGAUUCAUCGGUUACAAUUAACGAAAAUGAAUGUCAAGUUAUAUCAUCAGCAAAUCAACCAACAGACUAUGGGAGAAAAUUACAAACUAAUUCAACUUCUGUUGAAUCACAACACAAAUUGUUAACUACUGUACCAAUUGAAACAUAUGACGAUAAUGAUGACAACGUACGUUUAUUUAACGUAUCUUGUGAUACAACACCGAAAGAUAUCAAUAUACCUUCAUCAUUUCAAGAACAAUCACAAACAAAUCAUUGUCAAUUAAAACAACAGCCAUCGCAAACUGACGAUGAUGAUAUAGUUGUGUUAGAUAACGUCGCUUCAUUACCUUCUUCUGCUAUAGAAAAGCUAUCGCGUGCCUACGUUUCAAUGAAACAUCGACGAUCAUUUUGUAAUGAACAAGUAACAAGUUUAGAAUCUCUCACAUUAGAAUAUGAUAUCUGUAAAGAACAAAAAAUAAGACAAAUGUGUCGAACAAAUAAACAGAAAAGACGAAGGAAAGGACCAGUAUUGGCCAUAAACACGAAACCAUUGCUAACUAACGAGAAUAAUGAAAUUAUCUCAUGUAUUAAUGAUAUUAUUGAUUCAGUUGUGAAUAAUGAAGAAAAUAAAGGAACAGAAAUAAAUAUCAGGUAUCCACCAUUAGUUUCUUACUUACCAAAGAAGGUUUUAGCUUCUAUUUUCUCAUCAGAUGACAGGCAGAUAUUAGAUUCGUUAAACUUAAUAAACAAAUAUGAUUUACAAAUUAAUGAAGAAAAACAAAUUACAUCUGAACAAGCAUUACGUGCAAGCAAACGACAUGUCUUUCUUUUAUCGUCGCCUAAUUCAACCGAAAGUGUUGCAUCAUUAUUGUCAUCAGGCUCAUCAAUGGCUACGGCAUCCUUAUAUACAAAAAUAGCAAAAUUACCCAACAAUAAAGAUAAUACUGACAAAUUUUUACGCAAAACGAUUAGAAAUUCCAAUCAUCAGCAUCAUGUUCAAUCUCAAUUACGUUCAAAACAAAAAUUAUUAUCGACAGGAGCCAGCUUGUAUGCUGCGUAUAAAAGAAAACAAAAGAAAAAAUUAGAAACAUCGUUUUAUUCCUCUGUGAAACAGACAAAUUUAUCAUCAUCUACGUCUAUGAAUUAUUCAAAUCCUAUGCAACAAAAUCCUCAAUUAUUACCGACAACGACCCAUUUAAAAUUACCGACAAUGGCUCAUAUGGAUAAUAAUAAUCAAGUUAAAUCAAAUCGUCAACGCCUCAACGAAUUGGAUGAACAAGUGAUUAUUCUUGAUUAA